AUGUUCACCGCCGCGCUCGAGUGUUCCAACAUGAUGACCUCCUCUGCCUCUGUCUCUGUGGAAUACUUUGAGCUGGCGCAGUACUACUCCCAUGUCUUGGCCCGUGUGGAUCGCCUCGCGCAAGAUGUCGUCGACGCUCUCUGGCAGGAGGUCGACGCUCUCAGCCGUGUCCUCGAUCACAAGACCGAGGACGGCGCGAUGGUGCUGGAGGAAGCGGAAGCGGCAUACAACGAUCUGGUCUCUCUGCACCUAUCCCAGGGCAUCGACGUUGUCGCUCUCUGCGCGGCGUCAUUGUACGCAGAGGACGAGGAGCAGCCCAGCGACGAAGACACCGCGCCCUCUGCCACCUCCUACGGGGGCAUGACGUGCUCUGAGUCGCAGCUCCUCGCGGCCGUCGCUGCUAACCCUUCCUUCGACUACAUGGAGGCCGCUGAGAUCUACGUGGAGAUCUACGGGGAGGAGUUCAAGGACUUCGUUUACCAAGUCCUGUCGAGGGCUGGCUGGCUCUGA